ACAGGGGUUUCGAAUGGCGUGGGGUUUCAAUUAAGGAAAUAAAACCUCACCUGCUUGCUUGCAUGAUUCUUUUUACUGACUCCAUAACUGCUUAAAGAUGUCUCUUUUAUUUUUUCAUAUGUGAAUAUAUGUAUGUAUGUAUAUAUAUGUAUGUCUGAAAAUUGAAAAAGAAUCAUGGUAUAUGUGUUUGAAUUUUGUUUGUGGUUGUGAUCUUCAAAGAUUUUGAUUAUGUUGCAGCUUUAAUAUACAGCAGCAGCAGCACAGUAAGGCCUGCAGCAACUCUGGAAAUGUUCCCUUCUUGGCCAAUCAGAUUCCACCACCAUACCCCAGUAGUAGGAAGCUCAAAAUCAGGCGGCGGCGGCGGAGGAGGAGAAGAGAGUACUGAUUCAGGAUCGGCGGCGAACACACUUUCCACCACCGUGCCGGAGUCUCCCGUCAGCACAAAGCCGUCGUCUUCCGACCACCACCACCUCCAGCCACCGCAAAUGGACGGCGCCGGCGGUUUUUCGCAGUCUCAUCAAACAGCUGGCAGACAAACCCCAGAAAAGACAUUGAGAAGAUUAGCCCAGAACAGAGAAGCAGCAAGAAAGAGCAGGCUUAGGAAAAAGGCCUAUGUGCAGCAGCUAGAAUCAAGCAGAAUCAGGCUAACUCAGCUGGAACAAGAUCUUCAUAGGGCAAGGUCACAGGGAAUUUUCUUAGGAGGAGGUGGGGUUGCAGGUGGGAGUAUUAGCUCUGGUGGCGCAAUAUUCGACAUGGAGUACGCAAGAUGGUUAGACGAAGACCUAAGGCACAUGUCCGAACUUCGAACCGCAGUUCAAGCACAUUUAACCGAUGGCGAUUUGAGAGUAAUAGUGGAUGCAUAUAUUUCGCAUUACGACGAAAUUUUCCGACUAAAAGGUGUUGCUGCAAAAUCCGACGUAUUCCACCUCAUCACCGGCAUGUGGGCCACCCCAGCCGAGCGGUGCUUUCUUUGGAUGGGUGGUUUUCGACCGUCCGAUCUAAUCAAGAUGUUGAUUUCGCAAUUAGACCCGCUAACGGAGCAGCAAAUAAUGGGGAUUUACGGCCUGCAGCAGACCUCACAGCAAGCCGAAGACGCACUCUCACAAGGAUUGGAACAACUGCAACAAUCUUUAAUCGACACUAUUGCUAAUGGUUCGAUAAACGAUAGCAUGCAUCACAUGGCAGUUGCAUUAGGGAAGCUAGCUAAUCUCGAAGGCUUCGUUCGACAGGCUGAUAAUUUAAGGCAACAAACACUUCACCAGCUUCGUCGAAUAUUGACCGUUCGACAAGCAGCGCGUUGCUUCUUGGUUAUCGGAGAGUACUAUGGCCGUUUACGAGCUUUGAGUUCCCUAUGGGCAUCAAGGCCUCGAGAGGCUCUGCAAAUGGCUGAUGAUAAUUCAUGCCAAACAACAACUGAUCUGCACAUGGUACAAUCUUCACAGAACCAGUUCUCGAAUUUCUGAUCGUGUAUGCGGUACGAGGUUGUCGAUUAUCGUUAGAUUACCGUGGCUUCGAUGCAUGUUAUUACAGCAUGCAUUGAGGUUGAAUUUAGAGGCUACUUUUUAGAGAGGAGAGAAUUAAUUAAAAAAGAUAGAGUUGUUUUUUUCUCCUGUAAUUCUUCUUCUGCCUAGCUAGAUUUUUUAUGUUUCUUACAUUACAUAAUUGGUGGUACUCUUGUACAUGCAAAAUCAGUAUUUAUGCAAAUUAUCUUGGUAACUCAAAAAAAAAAUUAUUUGAAUUUGUGUUUUUUAUCCUUAAGAUAAAA